AUGGUAGAUCCUGAAGUUUUAGUAGCCACAAUGCUUCUAGCUCUCUGGUCCUGUAAGGAUUCAUUGCAGUGUGUGUGUGUGUGUGUGUAUGCGUGUGUGUGUGUGUUCCCACACAUGUACACAGUAGAGAGAUGUAUGAAAAAAAGAAUGACAAUACAAAACAAUCAUGGCUACAGCUGGAGGAAUGGUAAAGGUGCUGGGAGGGGAAGGGGCAGCAUAGCUUUGUCUGAAAGGCGCUUCCAGGAUCCCAGAGCGGAUGAAGGGGUGUGGUUGACUCAGCUGGGAGUCAAGAGGAGAGAUUCCCAGUGA